AUGAAUUAUAUUCCAACAUUGACAGCAAUCUUUGUAAUUAUAUGCCAGUAUGGAGUGAUUGCUGGUGAAGAUCCUGUUUAUAAUGAGCCCACAUUCAUUACAGGACCUGGCUAUGACUCGUGGUCAUCGCAUUAUGGUUGGGUGGGCAAGGGUUUCAGUGAGAAUCCCUUGGAUCUUAUUGACAUAUGCACAUUCCAUCGAGUCCCAGAAGCAAAUUUAAGGAUAUGUAAGAUAAAUUUGUUCCUCGGCGAAAAUGCCAUGAUCAAAUGCCCAAGCUCAAAAGCUUCUCAUGGCAGAAUCCACCCUAGCAAGCCUGGCCACCAUUAUACAGACUUAUCUUAUAUGGAUGGCAAAGUUAGAAUUGAUAAAUAUUAUAUUGAAGAAUUACCAAAUGGCGUCACAUCUGAAAAAUUAGACACUAUAAACAAUGGAGAUGUUCUUUUGAUAAAAUAUGUCAAACAUAAUAAGAAUAUAGAAGAUGUUAACUUUGUUUGCGAGAAUGAUGGAACGGAAAAUGAUUCAAUGACAGAUUAUGAAAGGUUAUCUAUGUUAAUAAGCAUAUCAUUUGAUGAAUAUGAAGGGAAUUGUGUUAAAGAUAUUUUAAAUUACAAAAUAGCAAAGAAUUUAGCCUUGAGAAAUAAUUACUUACAGUGGCAUGGACGUAAUAUAGAUAUUGAAGUGGAAAUGCUACCGUUUUACAAUUUUCAUAUCUAUUGUUAUGGAAUUCUAGAUUACAGAUUACAUGAUAUUCCAGGAAAGUUGGUUGAUGAGGAAUUUAUCAUCGAUAGGCCAAACUCCAAUCUCAGUGUCUUCCCUUUCAGCAGAACUUAUAAAGAGUUUGAAUCCAAUAAUAGAACUGAAAAAUUUACAGAAUCAUCUAAAAAAGGCACAUAUCUUAGCGAAAAUAGUAUAAUUGCAAAGGGAGUCGAGAUGGAACUUUACUUAUCAAACAAACUAUAUUCAAUUGUUAUCCCUUAUGAAUUCACCUGUAACGCCUUGGAAGACGAUCCUAAAGAUUAUGCUAAAACUCAUAGGCUUAAACUCAUAUUUCCCUCUUAUUCUUACAUGCCCAAAUGCACCAGAAUUGCUGAUUCGACGGAAUCCGUUCCAACAAUUCGCACCAAAGAUAUAGUACACUGCUUGGCCGACCUUGACAAAUAUCCUGUGGUUGUGGUAUCAGGGGAAAGUGAUUUGUUUAUAUUCAAUACAAGUAAUAUUAUGGAAUCGUAUGACACUGGUACUACAUCCAUUGGAUAUGGUAACGACUUAGUCACAAUUCUAAGCCCAAGUUCUCGACUUGUGAAACUCAAAUCUUUAUAUACAGCUAAUAGUGCGACAUAUAACCCCAAUAUUAGUCUUCAUUUUUGGAAUUCCUCCCGUGAUUCUCAGGCUGAUAUUUCUGCUGGCAUGAUUACAGUCGAAAAGGAAAAUUUGAUAUUUUUAAGUGCCACCAGGAAAUGUGAAUUCAAUUCAUCACUGUAUGAACAAAAUAAUAGUUUAUGCACCAGAGUAUUGAAACAAACUGAAGCUUUAGAAAUUAACUGCGAUACAUUAUACCCAAAUGAUCUAACACACGUGUACAUUAAAGACAACGAUGGCAAAUUCCUAGAGAAAUCGAUAAGCGAAAUAACAACAGGUCUAACAAGAUUCAAGACUAAACAUAAUUCACUCCUCUUCUACAACCAAUUUGGAUCAUUCGUUGGGGAUAGGAACGAAUUAUUCCUAUCAUGCGAUCCCUUGGAUACUAGCCUAAGAGGCAGUGAAAGAUUGGUUCGAGUGCUUUUGGGUUUUGAUUAUAUCAAAAAUGCCAAACCGCCGACGGUGGGUAAAGUAAGAUAUCUUUCUGCAUUGGCAUCCAAUAUAUCAACACGGAUAAGUUGCCCAAUCAACACAACUGGCAAGGCUUUUUCUUACAAAUUGCUACCUGUAACAACCUCUAACGCAUUCUAUACCUUCCCAAAUUUGGAUUCACUUGAUACAUCUAGCCAAGGUCCCAUAGGAGAUACAAUUGGGAUGACUGAUUACAAAAUUAGUAUAGAUACCCAAAGGGGGUCCAAUGACUUGGUGAUAACAAGGCCGGCAAAUCAUAUCACCGUUGUAGAUUCAAGUCCACAACUUUUUUAUGUGUGUAAGGCGGAAGAUGAUCUUUCAAAGGAGGCGACUACCACAGUCAUCGAAUUGAGUUUCCUAUCAAAUGUCGACAGUAUUCGAAUAUGCGGCCGCGGUUUCAACAACGUCAAACUGGACCGUUCUGACAAAAAAGUUACUAAAUGCAAAUAUUUCUUUUACCCUCUAAAAAAAUCUACCGACAUUCCCCACUACAUAAUUGAGAAGCGAAACCAAAAACCCAAAAUACAAGAGUAUCAGUCGAAUGCCAAACCCGUAUCGCAUGAAUCUAACCAUGAUGUUGAAAAGCUAAAUGAUAAUGGCCCUGAUGUUGAUGCAGAUCUGGGCUAUGAGGAGGAAACUCCCGAACCAUUGGAAGAAUCAGACAAAGAGACUGAGAAAACAAAGAUAGAAACUACUACAGAGGGGAAUGAUGUAAUGGGGGAAUUCAGAGCGAUUAUACACAAAAUUGGCAAACUUGAAAUACAUCUCGAUUAUCCCUCCUAUGAAACAAUCACUAAUAAGGAAAAUACUGUGACAAAAAAACCUUCUUUGGGAAGCAUAGAAAGUUUGGACCUAAACUCCUUCAUCAAUAAGUACAAUGAUAUUCAUAAGAAGGAGACUUACAACACUCCAAUUGGUCUAAUCUGCCCAAUUGAUGAUGAUGGUGUUAUAUUGAACCCAGUCUGCACCGCCGUCAGCAGGGGAAACAACCUGUUCCAAAAGACCCGCAUCAUACAGAACUUUUUCUACAUGAAGGAGAGCGGCUAUAUGCAGUCCCUGUGGGUAAUAGACCAUGAAAGAUGGAAGGAAGUAAAGAAACUGGUAGAAGAUUUGGAUUACACUUCCUGUACCUGCAAAGGAAAGGACGGUAAACCCACUACUACAGUGGAGAUAAGGGACGAUGGUGGAUCUGGUCUAGCAGGCAUGUCGCUCUUGCUAGUGCUUAUCGCGGGACUUAUGGUAUAA